UGAAACCCUGCCUGAUUUGUGGGCAAUGUUGGGGAUGUAGAAAAAAAGGAAACCGGAGCAAAGAGAGCGCAAGGGAGAGAUAGGGAGACAACACUAACUAGGUAGCUAUGGAGAUAGUAGGUUUUCCUGGUAGCUUUCUUUGACAGGUGUCGAGUGGGAUAAAAUAAAGUAUCAGAACAGCCUCCAAGAUGUACGGCAAAGGAAAAGGAGCUGUUGUCCCCUCCGAUAGCCAAGCAAGAGAAAAGUUAGCGUUAUAUGUGUACGAAUACCUGCUACAUGUGGGAGCACAGAAAUCAGCACAGACCUUCCUGUCUGAGAUUCGAUGGGAGAAGAAUAUUACAUUAGGGGAGCCCCCCGGAUUCCUCCAUUCAUGGUGGUGCGUAUUCUGGGAUUUGUAUUGUGCAGCUCCAGACCGAAGAGAGACGUGUGAACACUCCAGUGAGGCAAAGGCCUUCCACGACUAUAGCGCAGCGGCAGCGCCAAGCCCAGUGAUGGGCAACAUGCCACCCAAUGAUGCCAUGCCAGGUGGUCCCAUGCCCCCAGGCUUCUUCCAGGGACCACCCGGCUCUCAGCAGUCCCCCCAUGCACAGCCCCCCCCACACAACCCCAGCAACCCCAUGAUGGGACCCCAUGGCCAGCCUUUCAUGUCACCGCGGUAUCCAGGUGGACCGCGCCCCUCACUCCGAAUGCCAAAUCAGCCUCCUGGUGGUAUCCCAGGAUCUCAGCCUCUCCUGCCAAACAGUUUGGACCCAACGAGACCGCAAGGUCAUCCUAACAUGGGUGGACCAAUGAGAAUGAACCCUCCCAGAGGAAUGGCCAUGGGCCCACAGAAUUAUGGAGGUAUGAGGCCUCCUCCCAACUCAAUGGGUGGUCCAAUGCCAGGAAUGAACAUGGGUCCCGGAGGAAGAGGGCCUUGGCCAGGUCCUAAUGCUAACUCUAUAGCCUACUCCUCCUCAUCUCCAGGAAACUAUGUGGGUCCUCCAGGCGGAGGAGGUCCACCUGGAACUCCCAUCAUGCCAAGCCCAGGUGAUUCAACUAAUUCCAGUGAAAACAUCUAUACGAUGAUGAAUCCAAUUGGACCUGGAGGCAACAGACCCAAUUUCCCUAUGGGACCUGGGCCUGAUGGGCCAAUGGGAGCUAUGGGAGCCAUGGAGCCACACCACAUGAAUGGAUCACUAGGGUCUGGGGAUAUGGAUGGGUUGCCAAAGAGUUCUCCCAAUAACAUGGGGGGCAUGAACAACCCUCCAGGGACGCCGAGAGAUGACGGCGAAAUGGGCGGCAACUUUUUGAACCCAUUCCAAAGCGAAAGUCCUUCUGGGACAGCCCUUGAGCAUGCUGGGACUCUAAUUAAGACGGGCCCUCCCGGAGCAUGUAAGCUGGCUGCGGGUGUGAAUAGGAAGCAGUCACAGAGCAACAGGAAGAGCCUCCUCUCUGACUCCGGCCCCAGCCUCCCUGGCUUCCUGUCAGGGUCUAGACAAUGAGCGAGGGAAGGAGGACAAAUGGAGAGAAAGGGGGAGAAAGGAGACUUGAAACACAGCCCUCCCCCUAAUGACACAGUGUCAGGUCUCUCAGCAGCUGCCUGGAAGCGUCUCAACCACGACUUUGGAUUUUUUGUUUUGUGUUUUUUAAUCAUCGUCUUUUGAUUUGUUGCUGUUCCUGAUGGGGUUAUCGGUGGGUCGGGAAAAAACGACCUUCGUGCCCCCCACAUUGUUCUCCUUGUGUGUACAUUUGUAACAGAGGUGUUGUGAUGAUCAGUGAACAGGAUUUUCCUUUUUUGUGUAUGUAUUGUAUCAUUGCUAUUUUUAUUAUUGUUAUUAAUGAUUAUUGGUAUGAUCAUUUAAAGAUUAGGUUCUAAUUUUCUGUUGUUUGUAAGGGCACAUUUAUUAUGAUGAAGACAGUAUACGUGCACACAAAUCGGUAAUUAUUUGCUGUGUAACAUGAGGCUCCGUGUGAGCACACUGCCCCCUGCAGGUAAGAUUUUAUUCCUCACGGUACUAAUUGGUUCUUUGUUUUCGUUUUUGUUUUGUUUUGUUUUUUGGGAGGUUGGCAACUUCCUUUUAUAAGAUCUAAAAUUUUAACUUGUUGCUCAGUAACUCACACCAGAAGAAGAGUCUCCUAGGUUCCCUGCAGUAAAAUGCACAGCUCUAUUUAUUUAUGUACUUUUAAUUUGUCUUAUGAAUCAUUGUUCCUUUUUUUUUUUUAAGUGUUAUCCCUGUUUUUUUUAUUAUUAUUAUUUCUUUCUCAACUGCAGAACUAGUAGCAACUGUGUAAAUAUGCAGAUCCACUCAGCAGCAUCUCCUUAUCUCCAUCAUUAGACCCCCCUCCAUCCAUCCCGAAAGGUGCUGACGUUAUCACGAGUCCACAGUUUGACCACACUCACACCGCUUCCACUAAUGCUUCCCACUGUUCACUCUGUCGUGUACAUACGUAACAUGUUAGUCUGUCUGCUGACCUGUAGUGAACACUUGGAUCGUUUUCAUUUGCCGAUGAGGUCCCCCACACACUGUGAUGUCCGUCUGCACUUUGCGGGCGCUUGCUUUCACACACCGCUCAUUUUAGCUUGCAGGUGUUUUCGUUCGAAUAUGUGCUGUCCUUCCUCUUUUUUACGGUUGCUUGUGGUGAAAUGGCUUCUGGCCAUCUGCUGAUCGGAUCAACGGUGUUUUUUCUUUAUUUUGGAGAACGGCAGGUUAGGAAGCAGCAAUGGCAUUGCUCUGUUGACUGUAGCGAGUGGCCUCCCUUCCAUUUGCUUCCCUAUUCUCACCUCUCUAAUAGGCCAGCAUUGACACACAGACACUCAGUCACACACCACACCCCUCUCUGAUAAUUUUUUUUUUUUUUUGGUACAACUCUCCAUGUUUUCAUUUUAAUUUUUUUUUUUUGUAAAUACUGUAAAAUGCAUUUUGAUAUCAUUGACAUGUUUUGAUAUUUCAAAUCACGACUUUAACAGUUGAUCAGAAACGAGCUGAUUUGGGCAACUGUGUAUUUGUUCAGAGAAGGCGUGUCUUUUACUCAGAAAUAAUAUGAAUGACGAGAGAAACAGAAACUGGAGCUGCUAAAGACUAUUAUGCUAUUUCACCUCAUCACAGACGAACGUGGGGCUUUUACUGUGCAUCGGCGCUGUUGUGUCAAGGGGUCCAGCGGGACAAGGGAGGAAAAACCUUUUGUAGUCGAGCUAAUUCACUGUCACACACAUGUACCUGAAAAACUCAGCUUCAGAUGAGAUAUAAGUCUUCUUCCUCUGCCUCUUUUAUUGGAAAUUUAUUGGCGGGGGGGGG